AUGCGCUCCCAAAUCCUUUGUCUUUUUAUUCUCGGAAACGUCUACUCCUUCACCUUCAACAACUUCAGUCUCAUUCGACCGUCCGAGCUUUACGCGGAACACUUUGAAGGCAGAGUCGUUGUUUGCACCGGACCAACGUGUCGACGAGGUGGAGGCAAGAAGAAUCUCGAAAUGUUCAAUGAAUUGGCUCCUGAAGGCGUCACUAUCGAAUCUAUAAAUUGCGUGUCAGACUGCGCUGAAUGCGGGAUGGGACCCAACGUCGAGCUCCGAGCCCAGGGAGAUGAUGGGCCAUUCUACCCUAUCAAGAAUGGCGUUAAGACGGAAGAAGAUGUCAAGAAGAUUCUCGGGAUUGAGUAA